AAUUGGAAUUUCUGGCAGGUACGUGGCGGGUGUGAUGCGAUACGUGCUAUCGCUGAAUGCGACCUGGCUGGUGAACAGCGCGGCGCACAUGUGGGGCAACAGACCCUACGACAAGGGUAUCAGCCCCACAGAGAACGCCAUCGUAGCCUUCGGAGAGGGCUGGCACAAUUACCACCACGUCUUCCCCUGGGACUACAAGGCGGCCGAGCUGGGUGACUACAGCAUGAACCUGACGACGGCGUUCAUCGACCUGUGCGCGCGGCUGGGGCUGGCCUACGACCUCAAGUCAGUGCCGGAGUCGCUGGUGCGGCGCCGCGCCCUCCGCACCGGCGACGGAAGCUGGCUGGACCACCACAACCCCGAUCAGCCUGCCCUCUGGGGCUGGGGCGACACCGACAUGAGCCCUGAGGAUGCUGCCGACCUCUCCAACUCAAAAUAAAACGCUUUCCAGUCUUUAUUU